AUGGACAAGAGAUUAAAGCCUACCGAAGAAGCUCCAAGCUCUGGUACCCAAUCAAUUCCAAUUCAAAAGCCCCAACAGAAGGAGGGUGUUAUUACUAGCACUGCCUCCAAUGAUGAAAACAUGAUUCCUACCAAUUCCAGAGAUACCAUGACUUCGGGAUCUCCUUCGAAAACUUUGGAUGAGGCACCUAUCUCUAGGAAGAUCUUCACGUUCAACUCCCCACAGGUCUUAACUAUUGAUUUUAAAUAUCAAGCAAAUGCCUCUACGACCGCCAGUUGCGAUACUGACAAGAAAGUUAAAGCCAAGUCUAAUCACGAGACCAAGACAAACUUUCAAGCAGAGUCCACCCUUGAUGCUGGUAUGCAUCGUCAAGUUUCUCCUGGUGUCAAUGUCGCUCUCGAGGAUGCCAUCCUUCUAGAUGAUAGCUAUACCCUCCCCCGAGGCCCAAAAUCAUCUACGAAAUCCAGUUCUAUGUCACAAAGUGACCAGCUUCCGGUUGCCCCUAGUAAGAAGGUCGUUAAGUUCGUCAUGCCAUAUCGUGAUGAAAGCACACAAUCUUCUUUCGAUAAUACAACAACUCAAUCAAGAGACACUCUCCAGACGAAAUCCUAUAUUGAGGUUUCAAGAAAAAAGAAGAAAUCGAGCUUCGCGACCUUGGAGGUUGUAGAUCGAGCUGGCGUCAAAUCGAAAGAAUGUCUUCUUACCCCUUCGGCUCUGGUUGAACUCCAACAGUUGAAGCUAAGAGUUACAGAAAAUGACGAACAACUAAAUUCAAUUGAAGAGCAACUUAUUGAUAUUACCCAAGCCGUCCAAAAACUUCAAGAGAGGGUUAAGACCUCUGAAGUUGAAAAUAUCAAGCUCCGCCGGGAAUUCAGUGCUCUCAAGAAUCAGAAGGCAUUGAAUGACAACGAAACUGAUGACGAGGAUGACGAGUCCGAGAAAAGAAUGUGGAGUAUUCAACGAAUGUGUUAUAUUCUCAUCGCCUUCAUGCUACUCUAUCUUGCCGUGGCUUACUGGGCAACCUAG